CCUAGCCCGGGACAAGCUCCCGUCCCGUCUCUCCAAAACUUCAUUCGGGAGAUAUGGCAAAGCCGAAGCCGAAGAGGCCCGCGCCCCCGCCCCGGCGUUGGGCAGCAUGCGGUCUCUGGCGACGACCCGCCUUCGCGUCGGGCGGCCUGCCGCUGGCCGCCGCCGCGUACGUGGGCGUCGACUACAUGCAGCACCUGUCCCCCGUCUGGCACGGGCGGCUGCGGCCGGCGCUCUGGGCGGCGCUGGCGCUCGCCACCGCCGCGCGCGCGCCGUUCUACCGGCGCUGGGGCGCCGAGGUCCGCGCCGCCCCGCGGUUCUUCGCCGCCAUGGCGUUCAUGCUCGCCGCGCUGCUCUGCGAGGCCAUCUCCGUCCGCUUCGUCAGCACCGUCCUCGGCCUGCAGUGGCACCGAUCUACCGCUCCUCUUCCUGACACUGGCCAGUGGAUGCUCCUAGCAUUGAGCGGGAAACUUCCUCGAACAGUGGUCGAUCUACUGAAAGCUCGCAUCAUCACCCUUCAUCAUUACCUGAUGAUGUUCAUCAUGUUGGCGUUUUCGGCACUGUUCGACUGCAUCAGAGGUCCUGGACUCGGAAUAGGCUCGAGGUAUAUGUUCACUAUGGCAGUCGGACGUUUGCUCCGGACAGCAACAUUUCUUGCCACGAUCCUUCCGUCUGCUCGACCUUGGUGCGCCGAAGCUCGGUAUCAGAUACCUGACCAUCCACACCCGUGGGCACAGAAAUAUUACGCUCCUUAUGCUUCAGAUCCAGACAUGAUCUCGAGGGUCAUGGAGGAGGAUAUGCCAUACGCUACUCUUCAAGAUUACCCCGACGAGUACAGACCUGACUGGGGACUGAUGAGUUUCUUAGUAGACAUUUUGAGGCCAAGCACCGGAGAGGGGCCCUCAUGGUAUCAUCUGCUGAGGAAAUCAAGCGGUGGCUGUAAUGAUCUUAUGUACAGUGGACAUAUGUUUGUUGCCGUUCUAACUGCUAUGGCAUGGGCGGAAGCGUAUGGGGGAUGGAGCUCCGUUGUGAUAUGGUUCCUCGUCAUCCACAGCGCUCAGCGGGAGGUACGGGAGCGCCACCAUUACAGCGUUGACUGCGUUGUAGCAAUCUACAUCGGGAUCCUCUUGUGGAGGAUGACUGCGUUCCUGUGGUCCACGAUGGAAAGCAACCGAUCCAGAAGGCUUUCCAAGCUGGAUGAGGUUCAGAAGAGGCUAUUCCGCGCUGCAAAGGAUUCCGACGUCUUGGAGAUAAGGAGCCUGCUAAAUGAAGUUGAGCUGGCUGGUCAAGAAAAGAAGGGCUUUUCGCAGCAUGUCAUCUUCUCCUUCGCUGCAGCUCUGAUUGUUUUUACCUUCUUGUUUGUUCUCCUGGCAUUCACUCUAACCAACGACGGAUGAUCUCUCGAUGUCCCGGCGAUUUUGAUAUUCAGAUUCAGCUUAGAAGACCUCAGUGAGUUGAAAGUAAUGGAUUUUUAGAUUGAAAGGCGGCUGUUGAUCAGUGUGGGGAGGGAGUGGAAGGACCGAUGGGGCACGGCAACAGAGGGAAAGGGGCAUGGCGCUCCCUGGUAUGAGGAAAAUAUUUCGCAUAGAAUCACCCGACUGAGUACAAGACCUUUUGAGUUUUGACAGAGAAAGCUGCUUACACUAAACAUGUUAUUAGCUGAAUUAUGUAGAUGAACUCUUUUUUCGAUGGAAAUAGCUACUCCAUGAUAAAUAUUGUCAGCUGAGCUGUAGAUGCAUACGCAGCUCUUAUUUUCAGAAUCGUUCUAUCAGUCGACAUGUAGGGUAACUGCCGCAUAUUUUCAUUUUGUGAGCACAUCAGGUGUCAUCAUGUUUUA